AUGGAGUCUUCAAAAUCCAGUCGAACUGGCCAAAUAGACCAUGAACACAAUGGUUUGGAUACAUCGGAACUCGGACAGGCUUAUGGCAGUGUCGGCAAGCACCAGGGAGCUUUGUCGAUGGGAGCAGGGAAGCCCAUUCCACCUCCUUUACCAGAUUCGAAAGAAUAUAUUGUCGAGUUCGAUGGACCUGAUGACCCAGUUCAUCCUCUCAAUUGGAGCUUUACGGUAAAGCUCUACAUCUCAUCCAUUGCUUGCCUCGGAACCUUCACAGCAUCAUUCACCAGUGCAAUAUUUGCCCCCGGUACUGUCGGUGCGAGCAAAGCCUUCGGUGUCAGUUCGGAAGUAGGCACACUCGGCACAACCCUAUAUGUCCUAGGAUUCGCAUGCGGUCCGUUGAUCUGGGCCCCAGCUUCGGAGCUGGUAGGAAGGCGAUGGCCGCUGACCAUUGGCAUGCUCGGGGGCGCUGUUUUCACCAUUGCGACGGCUGUGGCUAAGGAUAUCCAGACGUUGAUCAUAUGCCGUUUCUUCGCUGGGAUGUUCGGCGCUAGUCAACUGUCUGUUGUUCCGGCGGUGCUGUCGGAUAUUCAUAAUAAUAUCGAUCGUGGCAUUGCCAUUGCGUUAUACUCGCUUACAGUUUUUGUUGGUCCGUUCAGUGCUCCGUUUAUUGGCGGGUUUAUCUCGACCAGUUCUCUCGGGUGGCGAUGGACUUUGUACAUCCCGGCUUUCAUGGGUUUUGCAAGUGGUUCACUGUUUAUAUUUUCGCUCAGAGAGACAUACGCACCGGUGUUACUGAUGUCAAAAGCGGCCGCCAUGCGCCGGCAGACUCUGAACUGGGGAAUCCAUACCAAGCAGGAUGAGCUAGAGUUGGACUUCGGGGAAUUGUUGAGAAAAUAUUUCACCCGUCCUUUGCAGAUGCUCGUGACCGAGCCGACCAUCCUGUUGAUCUCGCUCUAUAUGUCCUUCAUCUAUGGCAUUGUGUACGCGCUUCUAGAGGCAUAUCCAUACGUAUUCGAGACAGUGUAUGACAUGAGUCCCGGGAUCGCUGGGCUUGCAUUCAUUGGCCUUAUUAUCGGUCAAGUACUGGCGUGUGGAUUCAUCCUCUCCCAGCAUUCGGUUUAUGCGAAGAUGCUGGCUGCGAAUAAUAAUGUGCCGGUUCCAGAAUGGCGCUUGCUUCCGGCGACUAUUGGCGCUCCGGUGUUCACUGUUGGUAUUUUCUGGUUCGGUUGGACCGGAUUCACUGCUUCAAUCCACUGGAUGGCACCAAUUGCCGCAGGCAUAUUCAUAGGCUUCGGGGUUCUGUGUAUCUUCCUUCCAUGCUUCAACUACCUCGUCGACUCGUACCUACCUCUGUGA